GCGCUUCAGAGAGAAGCACCAAGCGAACAUCCCAGCAGCAAGCGCUCGGAUUAUCGCGCUUUUUGAAAAAAACACUUUGCUUGAUUCUCAUUGAAGUGCCUCUUAGUGAAACGGAUUUUUUGAGGUUAAAUAAGAUAAGAAAUUCCCCAAGAAAUACCGAGUGGUGCGUGUGCAUAGCGUAGCAACGAACGAAGCAUUCGACAAAGUGUGUUGUGUAGCUCGUUGGAUGCUGUGAUUGCCCCCGGGGGCCAUAGUCAGAGAGGUUACUGCACCGGAGAGGUCUCUCGCCAUCGUGGUGCUCGUGUUCGCGCUCUUCGCGAUACUGUGAGCUGCGUUUACAAAACAAAAACAGCCCCAAAACCGGUUCCCUGCGACCAGGGACUGUUCAACCGUCGGUUACUAUAGUGACACACUCAGACAGUCACCAGCUGAUCCAACGGCAAAAAGGGUAGCAAACGACGCUUUCAGCAGCUGAUCAACGCAGCAGCUCCAUAGAGCGAAAGGUCGCGUCGCUGGUCGAUAACGACGUCCAUCCAUCUGACUACGUCCGAGUGCCUUCUUAUCGAGUAACCCCAAACCACCAGUUAAGGAGAGGAACAUUAUCAAACGGAUAAUAUUAUCUCGGAUACAACAGAGAAGAGAUAAAAGGUUCUUGACUUGACACCACCAUAAGUGACCAUCUUUUGUCGAGCAAGCAAAACGUGACUCCUCGAGCGAGGUGACGGAUUUCAAAGGAUUAAUUCAACGGAACAACGGCCCCUGGGGAGCUACGAGACGACACAGGCGUGUCCACGAAGAAAGCACGCUUCACGCCCGGCUGGCCUGAACCGAGCGAGCACCGCGCGCCGCCAAGUGUAACGAGGGCCCCCUGCUCUGUGCUGUGGUUCGUCUUUCCGGCUGAUUGUCGACUUUAUUGAGCGAAAUUUAUUCCAUCACCACCACGCCACCCCUCGGCGACGGAACGGGGAGAAAGGUUCGUCCGACUGACCUGGCACAGUGGCCACGGUGGGUGUGCGUGUACUUCUUCUGGUUAGUGAGCUGCCGACCGGCUACCGAACCAGUGGUGUACGAGCAGAGCAUCCUCAGAGAGCUUGGCGUGCGUCGGCCGUCAAUUUGUCGGGGUGAUCGUCAAUUAGUGGAGGUCAAAGCUGAAGGUGCUGGCAUAUCGGCUGUUCUGUGUGCAGAAAAGUGAAUUAGAACCUUUACCGACGAUCGCUGACGAUCAGUGAUCAGUUACUCGCACCAACGGCCAGCGAUCGACGGCGGUUGGCAACGGUUGGGACAUUGUUGGAAUACUCUCAACAAAAAUAGACUCGCCAGGAAAGUGCCAAAAGUACACAGUAACGCCUAUUGCACGAAUAACGAUGGCGCGUGAGAGAGGUUCGCUGACCGUAUCGCUCCUAGUACUGCUGCUGCUGCUGCUCAUCGCUACGGAACGGUUGGCCGACGCGGCCAAGAUAUUGGCAAUCUUCCCGGUACCGCUGAAGCAACAUCAGCUCGUCUACCAGCCACUGAUCGAGGAGCUAGCGUACCGUGGCCAUGACAUUGUACUGGUGACAACGGAUCCGAUGGAUCUGCAGCGUAGUAACGGUACGCACCAGCUGGCCGAUCGUAUCGAGCAGAUCGAUCUCAGUUUCGCCUACCAGCUGCCCGUCCUUGAGCAACUCAACGUGGACGGGUUGGAUGGGCGUGAUAUGCUGCGCAAGGUGUUUGAUGUGAUGCGUACAAUCUCGGCCGAGGAGCUACAGCAUCCGGCGAUGCAGAAGCUGAUCAAGGCGGCCUCCAGGAGUGGCGCGGACGGUAGUACACCUCCAUCCAACAAGUGUAUCCGCUUCGAUGUCGUCAUCGUCGAGUGGUCCGGUGUUACGCUGAUGAAUGCGUUUGCGGAACACUUCCGAGCACCGCUGAUCGGGAUCGCCAAUGGUGGUGCGUUCAUCAAUGCCCAUGAGGCUGUUGGCAAUCCAAAUCAUCCGAUCGGCUAUCCCAGUAUCUUCAUGCCGUUCAGCGAAGACCUUAGCCUGCUCCAGCGGAUCUCCAGUGUGCUGUUUACCGUCUGGUACAGGUUCUACUACUACACGGAAGAGAUACCGGCACAGAACGCGAUCGCGAUCAGCAACUUUGGUGACACCAUCUCCGAUCUACGGCAGAUCGAACAGAACGCCGAUCUGCUGCUCAUCAACUGCCACCAGGUGCUAGGGAAUGUGCGCCCCGUUGGUCCGACCACCGUACACCUCGGUGGUAUCCAUCAGCGGGCCUCGGUGCGGCCACUACCGGACGAGCUGGCCCUGUUCCUCGAGCAAUCGGAUGCCCCGAUCGCUUACGUCAAUCUGGCCGCACCGUCCGGUGGGCUGGCCGGUCGAGCUCGCAUCGAAAAACUCGUCAAAACGCUCGAACAGCUCGAGGUGGCCAGCGUUUGGUCGCUGAACGAGAAUAGCGUCCCCAUCAACACGUCGGCCCGGAUCUACCAAUCGUACAGCGUACCGCAGGAGGACGUUCUAGCCCAUCCCAAGGUACGCCUCUUCAUAACGGACGGUGGUCAGAUCAACAUCGAAGACGCCAUCCAGCACCGGGUGCCGGUGGUUGGCAUCAGCUACUCGACCUCGUACGAGCACUAUUUGCGCCAGAUCGCCAAGUAUGAGGCCGGUGUAAUCUCGUUAAUUGACUUCGAACCACAAUCCACCUUCAUGGACAAACUGCGUGACGUAUUCACCAUCGAAAGAUACCAAGACAACAUUAACCGGCUACAGCGUCUGGUGAACGAUCAGCCGCAAACAUCGAUGGAGCGCGCGGUUUGGUGGAUCGAGUACGUUGCACGCAACGGUGGUGCGCAACAGCUGCGCGUGAGGCAGCUCUCGUGGUUCGAGUAUCUGAUGAUCGACGUGCUGCUCACGGUUGCUAUCCUCGCAAGCCUGUUCGGGUGCGCCGUUGGUUACCUCAUCUUUCGAGCAGUUCGUUACUCGAAGAGCUUACCAACCGAGAUGGUAACGCGCGGUAGCCGCAAAUGCAAACUGUUGUAGGUUUGCCACUAAGACGAUGGAAUAAUAGGAAUGCCUCCUCACUUGCUCCUCAACACAUCUAAAGUAAAGUCUGAAACGUUUCAAGCGUCAGAGUAGAUAUUGAUUAACCUGGAAUCAAUACGGAAACUGAAUCUUUGAGAAUCUUUGAAAGGACAGACUUUUGUGAGUCGAGUCCCCGUUGUGGUUGGUUAGUGCAUAAGUGCAUCUUGUGAUAUUACCGAUAUAAGCAGUACCUGUACCAAGUAGCGAGAGAAGGAACGUGUGAGAGCGAGAAAGUCACCCAAAUAUGCAAACAAGACAGUAAAAUAAAUGGUUUGCUAAUCAA